GUCUAUCCCUUUCAUUUCAUCUCAGUUUUGCAGUUUCUACUGCUGUCUUCGCUCCGAAAUCCAACCGAAAUCUCAGAGGUCAGAGGAAAGUAGGAAACCUCGUUCGGGAACCUGCUUUGAGUGAGACUCCAAUCCUUGGGCGCCAUUGCCGCCUGUUUUUUGUGCUCGGAAAGGUGCGUUUAUUUCCCUGUCCGGGGCGCUUUCCCUUCUCUUCCCGUUGCUUAUCCACGUGGGGUUGCCGUGAAUCCACCGUCUUCUCCGCCUACAAUCUCUCAGCAAAACCACCAAAGCCAGCUGCUCAUUUGGGGGAAGACCUUCUUUGAGUGAGGUCCAACCCUUGGGGGCCAUUUCAACCUUCGUCCUCCGCAAUAAAAGUUGGGCAAUCCUAUGUCAGUCACUUCUCUUCUAGCCCAACCCAUUCCAUCGCUGUUUGCUCCUUCUCCCGCGCCUUCGAGAGCUCGCCGAAACCGAACCUCCCGGCGGCGUUUCUUAGCUGCAACAAAACUAACCAUGGAUGGCACUAGCUUUGACCUGACAGAGCACGAAGGUUCAAAUUUGUCUCCUUUUCUACUCAAACUUUUUAAUGAGUGGGAUGAUCGCAAGACAAGGGGCUUGUUUCACCAUGACAUCAGUUCCUGUGAAACAAAGGUGCUACCUGGAGUACAUAAUUUUGUGGCAACAUUAAUUGAAGGACGUGACCAAAAGAAGCGGCCAACUGAGUUCACAAUGAACCAAGUUCUCCAGCCAUUUGUUAGUGAGAAGUUCAAUUUCACAAAAGUCAGCCCGUUGGAGGUGAUCUUUAGAUUCAAUGACACUGAGAAAGAUUCUGCACAAUAUUUUGAUGGUGUUCCUGAUACUGUUUCAGCUUCUUCUAGUGCCAUCUUGAUUAAUGUGAGCCCAAUUGGCUACUGCCAUGUGCUAUUGACUCCCAAGAUCCAGGACUGUUUGCCGCAAAGGAUUGAUCAAGAGAGCUUCUUAAUAGCCAUGUAUGUUGCAAGAGAAGCAAGGACUCCCUUCUUCAGAGUUGGUUAUAACAGCCUGGGCGGCUUUGCAACUAUCAACCACCUUCACUUCCAGGCAUACUACCUGAAAGUACAGUAUCCAGUUGAAAAGGCAAUCACGGAGAAGCUCAAGACCCUAGGGAAUAGCGUGAGCAUUUUUCACCUGGUGGAUUACCCAGUCAAUGGCUUUGUGUUCGAAGGUGGUGCGAGCCUGGAAGAUUUGUCAGAUGUGGUCUCCAAAGUCUGCAUCUUCCUGCAAGAGAACAACAGACCUUUCAAUGUCCUCAUCUCUGAAUCUGGCAAGAGAAUUUUCCUUCUACCACAGUGCUAUGCGGAGAAGCAGCUCCUCGGAAAGGCGAGCCAAGAGUUCCUGGACAUGAGAAUCAAUCCAGCAAUCUGGGAGCUCAGUGGCCAUCUGGUACUGAAGCGGAGGAAGGACUACGAGGAGGCCUCUGAAGCAAACAUAUGCAGGUUUUUGGUUGAAGCAGCUCUUUCUGAAACAGAAUUUCAGGAGCUGAACCUAUGCGUGCUCGACUUCCUGACCAGCUCUCUUGGUUGAAACUCGGAUGUAGGUUCCUAUAGAUAGUAACAGUUCUGAGGUUCCAGUUAAAACAGUUGUGCUGGUACUGUUACUUUAUGAUGGUAUAUCAUGUAGUAGUAUUUCUGAUUUGACUCGUCACCUCUGCGAUGAAAUAAUAUGUCUUCUCCGGCUUCAAUUUC